CGCAUUGAUUGUGAUAUCUGAGCUUGAAGGAGAACAACCAGUGGUUAUGUAGUAUCUGUUUGUUCAUGGCUGGGAACUGAAGGUUGAUAGCAGAGGACAAUUUUUCAAGGCAAAAUAAGGCUUUUUUGAUCAAAUUUAGAUAUCGCAAUCUCUCUGUCUCUCACUCACACGGACACGCUUACUGCGAGGGAUCUAUGGGUGCUCCGAAGAAGCCUCUGUUGCUAAUUCUGCUAAUAUUUUCGGACUAUUUUGUAUGCGAGAUUCUGGCAGAAGGAGUCACUAAGGGAGAAGCCAAGCAGCUCAGAGAUGAGGUGCGUGAAAUGUUCUAUCAUGCAUUUGAUGGAUACAUGAAGCACGCAUUUCCACGAGAUGAAUUGAAACCCUUAUCAUGCGGAGGGGAAGACACACUUGGAGGAUAUGCAUUAACAUUGAUUGAUUCGUUGGACACACUGGCUUUGCUUGGUGAUAGAGAGCGCUUCACUGUAUCUGUUGAAUGGAUUGGUAAAAAUCUUCGAUUUGAUAUUAACAAGACAGUAUCUGUCUUUGAAACUACAAUAAGAGUACUUGGAGGCUUACUUUCUGCUCAUCUCAUUGCGAGCGAUUAUAACACGGGCAUGAGGAUACCCUCAUAUGAUGAUGAGUUACUUCACCUGGCAGAGGAUUUAGCUCGUAGAAUGUUACCUGCAUUCGAUACUCCUACAGGAAUUCCUUUUGGGUCAGUCAAUCUAAUGCAUGGAGUAGAUGAAAAUGAAAGCAAGAUAACAUCAACAGCUGGUGGUGGGACCCUAACAUUGGAAUUUGGUGUUCUUAGCCGCUUGACAAAUGAUCCCAUUUUUGAACAAGUGACAAAGAACGCAGUUCGAGGACUAUGGGCUCGCCGUUCGAGGAUUAACCUAGUUGGUGCUCAUAUAGAUGUUUUUACUGGUGAAUGGACUCAAAAGGAUGCUGGAAUAGGAACCAGUAUAGACUCUUUCUAUGAGUAUCUACUAAAGGCUUAUUUAUUGUUUGGUGAUGAAGAGUAUCUUUUCAUAUUCCAAGAAGCUUAUAGGGCAGCAAUGCUCUAUCUUUAUAAUGAUCCUUGGUAUGUGGAGGUAAACAUGAAUUCUGCCGCCCUUGUUUGGCCAUUGUUUAAUAGCCUGCAAGCAUUCUGGCCUGGCCUUCAGGUUCUUGCUGGGGAUAUUGAGCCUGCAAUCAGAACUCAUGCUGCCUUCUUUAGCGUCUGGAAACGAUAUGGUUUCACUCCAGAGGGUUUCAAUCUGGCCACUUUCAAUGUUCAGCAAGGUCAGAAAAGCUAUCCACUACGUCCAGAAUUAAUAGAAAGCACAUAUUGGCUGUACAAAGCUACACGAAACCCCAGAUUUCUUGAUGCCGGCCGAGACAUGCUUGCAAGCUUGCAGUAUGGGGCUCGAUGCACUUGUGGAUAUUGUCAUAUAUCAGAUGUAGAGUUUCACCAGCAGGAAGAUCACAUGGAAAGCUUCUUUCUGGCUGAGACUGUCAAAUACUUGUGGUUGCUAUUUGAUUUGGCUGCUGGUCCAGAUAAUUUGGUUGAGAAUGGCCCAUACAAAUACACCUUUAGCACUGAAGGGCACUUACUUCCUGCGACUCCACAAAUCUCUUUAGUGAGUGAACAUUGUUCAUACCUUGGAGCAUACUGCAAAAGCAGCAACCUGAGGCAAGAAACAUACUCUUCAGACAGUGUAAGGGACUCUACGGACACAAAUACCUCAGAAUCUUUUACAGACACAGCUUCCACUAAUUCUCUAUCAGGAUCCAGUUUUCGAAAGUCAUCUCCCUCAGGAUUGAUUAAGGGGUUCUGUCCAGCACUAAGUCAUGGGCAGAGGUAUGGCAUAUCAUAUGUCGCCUCAGAAGGUAGUCUUGAGGAGGAGUCAUCAAGCGCGACUCAGGUUGCUGUUGUUCAAGAUUCACCCGUUUACAGUUCCGACUCUCCACCAUCUGAUGUUGAUGAGGAUCCUGAUCAUUGUAAGGAACCCAAAGAGGAUCACGGGGUACCUCUGCUGCAAAUUGAAGCUCCACGAAUUGUUAAUGAAACACAUGGAGAUGUGAUUGAAGGCUAACUUCAAACUCUUGAGAGCUAUUCAUUCUUGCGAGAGAAAGGCAAAUGAUUGACUAUUUUGAAGAUUCUAAUUUAAGCCAAACGGCGAGAUUAAUUGCGGGCUUCUUCAGGAGCUUCACUGGUGGGGUUUCCUUGCUAUUUGCCAAAGGACUCCAUUCAAAGGGUGGAGAAGUUGUCAAGGAAAAUGCCUCAAUCUCAGGUGGACAUUAACACACACUUAACCGCCCCUUGUAGUUCUAAUUAAGAACAUGUUACAGUGUGUACCAUAGUCGCUUUUACAGUUAGUUAGGAUUCUUGUUGACAUUACGAGCUUAUAAAAGCUCAUGGACUGCAGAUAGAAAAGAUCACGACAGUUUGGCAACUAACCUGUCCAAGUCCUGUUUGAGGGUGAUGCUUAGUUGCUUCUUAUUAAAGUUUCAAUGAGUUCCCAAGCAAGGAUGGAAUGGGGUUGGCAGACUUUGGUACAACAUAUGCAGAUUGAGUGAAAAGGUGAAUGACUUGGAUAUCUUGUCUUGCUUCUGAGAGGGCCUUUUCUUUUGUAAGAUUUAAUGGUUCAUUCUUUAAUAUUAGAUGAUAGAAUAUCUCCAAAUUAUGGCUUUUAGUUAGUAUGUUGAAUUGAAGUCAAUUGUUUAUUUAAUCUACUUCAAUCGUUUAUUUAAUCUAAUUUAAUUCUUCGGUUUA